CCUCCCUCCCCCGCCCCACGCCGCCUUCCUCCCCCGAACCACGCUGCGAUGCUGCCGGCUCGUCCCCCUCCUCGUUCCCCACCGUCUCAAGCUUCAAUUUUUGCCACAUCGCCGGUGGUUGAUCUGCCGGCAGAAUUGCGGGCGGCGGCCUGGAGCGGCAGUACGCAAGCUCUGACUCCAUACCGAGCCAGCCGGCACACCCGCCAAGGAGCUCCGCCAGCCGCUGCCCUAGCGCCCGCGGCCGUCAAUGCGUGGUCGGGCGCCGCGUCGAUGUUGCCGCUGCUCGGCGCCGCCGUCGCCGACUCGUGGCUCGGCCGGUACCGCACCAUCGUCGCCUCCUUCGUUAUCUACAUCACGUGGCACAAAGGCGAGCUACCUUGGCGUGCAGAAGAGGCCCCCGUCCCUUGCCUUGUGCCCGGCGACCAACAACUGCGUGUCGACGUCCGAGAGGAUAAGCAAUUCCAAUCACUACGCUCCCCCAUGGGACGCACGGAAUUGCUCCUUUCCCUUUCUCUGCUUCUUUUCCUUUCUUUGCUUGGAGGGCGCUGCUGCUCUUCUUUCUCUUUCUCUGCUUCGAAGGUGGUGGUGGUGCUGCUACUGCUUGUAGAGUACUGCUGCUUGGAGGAUGUUGCUGGUCUUCUUUCCCUUUCUCUGCUUGGAAGGUGCUGCUGCUCCUCUUUCUCUUUCUCUGCUUCAAAUGUAGAAAUGUCAGUUCAGUGUGUAAUAUGAAUCUUUUUUGCCUUUAUAAAUUGCAGAAGAAGAAAGGUAAAUUUCAGCAUUCUAGCUUUCUUACUGGGGGAGCUACAUCUG